UCUCUCUCUCUCUCUCUCGCUCUCGCUCUUCAAUGUUACUGUAUUUUGAUGCUCUGCUUUGCAAUAUAAAUGCUUAACAUGUAUGAUCACGUCGCUUCUUUCUCCAACAUCCAGUCUCUUUCUAUAGCAUUAGGAUACUAAAAGACAUUGUAUUUGUGGGUGCAAGUUUUUUCAGUCGGUAAAAAAUUUUAAUAAGAAAAAAGAAAAAAAAAAGAAUGCUCUCAAACAUGCUAUUUACUGGAUUGGUGUAGGAGUAAAUCAGAAGGGUAUUAUUCAUGAAAUUUCGAAGACCAAGCUAAAGGAAUUUACUUGGCUUUCAGUCAAAGCAAGUGGAGAAGUCAGAGAUACUCAUGCUGAUGUUGCUGCUACUCUGCUAAUGGAGAGCCUUCACAGACACAUUAAUUCUUUCUUUCUGGAAGAGUGUAUGGAAUCGAAGAGGUUGAGCUGCGCGACCACAGCUCUUGAAUCUGUUUUUCAUGGAGGGAAUAGAGAUGGGAAAGAUUCUUCUUUUUUGCCUGCGGCGGUGGAAAGGAAGAAGAGGAAACGGAUGGCGGCAAAGAACGGCUGCUCCGGAAUGGGGGAGGCGGAGAGCCAGAGAAUGACGCAUAUAGUGGUGGAGAGAAACCGGCGUCGGCUUAUGAACGAGCAUCUUGCCGCGCUUCGUUCUCUCAUGCCCUCUUCAUUCGUGCAAAGAGGAGACCAAGCAUCUAUUAUCGGCGGAGCGAUUGAUUUCAUCAAGGAGUUGGAGCAGAUGCUUCUAUCAUUUCAGGCGGAGAAAAGUAGCCGAUCGUCGCCGGCGAGUGUGGAGGAUGGGUGGUCGCCGGCAGCGGCGACGGUGAGCAGUUUUUUUGUGUCGCCGCAGUAUACAGGGUUUUCUUCUAGACUGCAACGAGGGGAUGAGGACCAAGAGUGCGAAGUAGAUGUGGAGGUGACAGCGGUGCAGGGACACGUUAACUUGAAGGUGGCGGGGAGGAGGAGACCGGGGCAGAUAGUGAGGGCCGUAGCCGCCAUGGAAGAGCUUAGGCUUACAGUCCUGCAUCUUAGCAUUACUUCUCUGGAUGCUGUCUCUGUUCUCUAUUCUCUCAACUUAAAGAAGGAGGAAGACUGUAGGCUCGGCUCGGCUGACGAUAUAGCUUCUGCUGUUCAUCAGAUAUUCAGCACCUGCUAAAUGCAGACGUCAAAAGGGGGAAGAAAUGAACCCAUAAAAUGGACAGAAAUUUAUCCUCUUUUUCUUCAAAAAAGAAAUUUUUUUUUUAUAAAGAAGGAUUAGAUGAGAAUUUUGGAGAGGUGCGGAGAUAGUCGGGGAACGGGUGAAGGUCAGAAGCGGCAGCUUUCUCAGCCUGCGCUAUUGCAGCAGUGCAGGGGGGAUUUUGUACUCGUCCGUUAUUUCUCCUUUUUUAUUAUAUUUUAUUUGAAUGUUUAUAAUGGAAAAAUUUUAUACAUUUUCUUGCAUUUUGUGUA